AUGAGGUGGUGCUUACUUCUUGCGCUUUGCGCGCUCGUAUGCGCCGACGCAUCGGAAACACACUCUCGCUUCCAACCGAAAAGACAAAGGUCUAGAAAUGGCAAUUUUACAGCCGACCAACUCGCAGAUACUACAGAUGAAAUGAUUGGUCAACUUUUGCAGUGGAUUCAAGGGCUAACUCAACAACGAAGCCGUAAAGCUCGUCAGUACUUUGGAGGAAAACCAGAGAAACCAAGGCCGUUUGAACCAGCAUCGUACCUCCCACCUGCAACUGGUUAUCCUGCAGCCGGUUCUCGACCGACACCGACCUACAGUGAAGGACCAUCACCAACGUACCCUCCAUUCCAACCUAGCGUACCGUUCCAGCCUUCACCUGAACAACCAGCUCAACCUCCUCAUACAACAAACUAUCAACCCAACCAGCCAACUGUCCCAUCUUACCAGCCUUCAUCAACCCCCGACCAACCCUCAGAAACUCCAUUCCAACCAAGUCCUACAUAUUUCCCCAAUCAACCAAGUCAACCAAUUAACACAAAUGGGCCAGACACAGAUGAGCCUACCAAUGGUUUCAUUCCCAGUCAAACAUCUCCCGCGGAACCCAGUCAACCAGAGAGAACUGAUGAAACGUCGGCUCCUUCCGAUGGGGCACAGCAAACAGUAGAACCCGAAAAACCUCAAUAUAACGGUCCACAAAUAACACCGGUAGCACCAGACGAUGAUGAAGAUCGUCACCCACCUCACAUUCACGCCAUUGCUGUCGAUUGUGGUAAAGAAAUGAUGACAAUUAACAUUGAAUUUAACAAACCGUAUAACGGGAUUAUUUACUCUCAAGAUCACUUUAAGGAUCCGGAUUGUAUCUACGUCAGGGAAAACUCUAAUCAAGCUAAAUAUUCCUUUACUGUCAGCCUAAACACAUGUGGGACAAGAUUUUUCAGCGAUUUCGAGAAUGAAGGUCAAGCGUAUCUGGAGAAUGUAUUGGUACUGCAAAACGAGCCUGGAAUUCAGGAGGUUUGGGAUCACAUUCGCAGAGUGAGAUGUCUUUGGGAGGGUAAUUUGACCAAGCAGCUAGUGUCAUCGUUGAGCGUUGGAAUGCUGAACCAGAUAACGAGCAACUUUAGCGGAGACACGGCCAUGGCACGUUUGGAUAUUCAGGCUGGAAGAGGUCCUUUUGCGCCAGAAGCCGAUGGUUUAAUCAAGAUCGGAGAAACUAUGACCCUCGUUGUAUCUGUCACAGGAGAUGCUGGCUUUGACAUAUUUGUUAGAGAAUGCAUAGCCCGUGAUGCAGAUAACAAUUACGUUGUACCAUUGACUGACUCAAACGGCUGCGUGCUUAAACCGAAACUGUUCGGAGCCUUCCAAAAAACAAGAGAAACUGGAAACACAGGCGCAUCGAUCAUUGCAUACGCAUUCUUCAAGGCUUUCAAGUUCCCCGAUGAAAUGGACCUGAUCAUUCAAUGCGAGGUUGAACUGUGCAAGACUGACUGUGAAGUGUGCACUAACCCUGGAAGCAUAGAGCCCAGAAGAAAGCGUAGAGACGUCAUACACAUUGGUAACCAAACUAUGGAACCAGUAACGAUUGGUAAAGGUUUGAGGGUAGUUUUCGCUGAAGACUUGCCGAUUGAACCAGAUUUCUGUAUGUCACCAACCACAGCCAUGUGGGGCUCAGUCUUGGUUCUAGCUGCGUCAUUGUUAAGCAGUAUAACUGUAUCUUAUUGCUGGCAAAAAUCGCGAGGUAUAGUCAAGUUCUCGUAA